AUGCGAGAGCUGCUUCAUAGUAUGGGCCCCCGGAGCUUUGGUUGCGCACGACACCACCGAUUGCCGCCACCAGUAGAGCCAAGCAGCUACGAGACGAAGGCGUCCAGGGCUCGGACAGGAGACUCCGUCUGGCAUCUCUUCUACCAGCACAACCCAACCGCGAACGUCUGGGGAAACCUGAACUGGGGCCACGCAACCAGCACUGACCUUCUCCACUGGACACACGAGCCCAUCGCAAUAACAAGCGAGAGCGGCAUCGAAGCGUUCACCGGGACUAGCUACUACGAUUCCGAAAACACAUCAGGGCUAGGCACCGUUGAGAGCCCGCCCUAUCUGGCCUGGUACACGGGAUACUUCCCGUCGAAUGGGACACAGGACCAGCGGCUUGCAUAUAGCGUUGAUUCCGGCGUCACUUGGACAAAGUUCGCUGGUAACCCUAUUAUCUCAGCGGCGCAGGAAGCGCCUCAUGAUACAACCAGGGGACUGGAGACUCGCGAUCCCAAGGUCUUCUUCCAUGAGGCAUCUGGCAAGUGGGUGAUGAUUCUUGCCCACGGUGGGCAGGAUAAAGUGACUUUCUGGACGUCUACCGAUACCAAGCAUUGGACCUGGGUGAGCGACCUUGGAACAGCCCAGGUAUCAGGCCUCCCGACAAACAUCACUGGGUGGGAGGUGCCCGACCUUUUCCAGCUCCCUAUCGAAGGCACAGGUGAGACUACCUGGGUGUUAAUUCUGACCCCGGCAAAGGGAUCUCCAGCUGGAGGGAACGGCGUCUUCGCCCUGACGGGUUCGUUUGAUGGCGAAACCUUCCAGCCGGAUCCUGUGGAUCCUGGGAAUCUAUGGCUUGACUAUGGGCGUGAUUUCGACGGCGCAAUGAGCUGGGAGAAUGUGCCUGGAUCAGAUGGGCGGCGGAUCCUGGCUGCGAUCUCAAACAGCUACGGCGAAAGCCCACCAACCGAUACCUGGAAAGGGAUGCUCUCGUUCCCUCGGACUCUGGCGCUGCAGCAGACUGGUUCUGCGAGGUCCUUUAUCCAGUGGCCUGUCAGUGAGAUUCUAACUGUAGGUUCGCCUUUAGCAACUAUACAAAACCAGACAAUUACCCCGGGCCAGGUGCUUCUCUCAUCUGUUCGUGGAACGGCAUUGGAUAUCGAGCUUGCAUUCACGGCACAGAACGAUGCGGUGUUGGCAUUGGCAGUUCGAAAGGCCGGAUCACAGCAAACAGUUAUUCAGUACACGCAGUCCACCGCGACACUGUCAGUUGACCGAAUAGCGAGUGGGGAUACAAGCUACGACGCUGCAGCAGGCGGCGUUCACAACGCUCCUCUGAAGCCCGAUGCCUCGGGGGUGGUUCAUAUCAGGGCACUGGUUGAUACUUGCUCUGUGGAAGUCUUUGGAGGGAAAGGGGAAGUCGUUAUCUCGGACCUCAUCUUCCCAGACGAGACUGCAGAUGGCCUGGCUCUGCAGGUAACUGGAGGGUCCGUCAUGUUGCGGAGUGUCGUGGUGAGUGAGGUCUCUCUUGAGUAG